AUGCGUUCGGAUAUCCGUCGUUUUAAGGAUAUCCGGCCUCCGUUCGGGCAGCGGCCCGUUUUGCGGCGGAGGGCCUCCGUUCGGGCAGCGGCCCGUUUUGCGGCGGAGGGCCUCCGUUCGGGCAGCGGCCCGUUUUGCGGCGGAGGGCCUCCGUUCGGGCAGCGGCCCGUUUUGCGGCGGAGGGCCUCCGUUCGGGCAGCGGCCCGUUUUGCGGCGGAGGGCCUCCGUUCGGAUAUCCGUCUUAUUCGCGGAUAUCCGUUCGGAUAUCCGUCUUAUUCGCGGAUAGGGCCUCCGUUCGGGCAGCGGCCCGUUUUGCGGCGGAGGGCCUCCGUUCGGGCAGCGGCCCGUUUUGCGGCGGAGGGCCUCCGUUCGGGCAGCGGCCCGUUUUGCGGCGGAGGGCCUCCGUUCGGGCAGCGGCCCGUUUUGCGGCGGAGGGCCUCCGUUCGGGCAGCGGCCCGUUUUGCGGCGGAGGGCCUCCGUUCGGGCAGCCGCCCGUUUUGCGGCGGAGGGCCUCCGUUCGGGCAGCCGCCCGUUUUGCGGCGGAGGGCCUCCGUUCGGGCAGCCGCCCGUUUUGCGGCGGAGGGCCUCCGUUCGGGCAGCCGCCCGUUUUGCGGCGGAGGGCCUCCGUUCGGGCAGCCGCCCGUUUUGCGGCGGAGGGCCUCCGUUCGGGCAGCCGCCCGUUUUGCGGCGGAGGGCCUCCGUUCGGGCAGCCGCCCGUUUUGCGGCGGAGGGCCUCCGUUCGGGCAGCCGCCCGUUUUGCGGCGGAGGGCCUCCGUUCGGGCAGCCGCCCGUUUUGCGGCGGAGGGCCUCCGUUCGGGCAGCCGCCCGUUUUGCGGCGGAGGGCCUCCGUUCGGGCAGCCGCCCGUUUUGCGGCGGAGGGCCUCCGUUCGGGCAGCCGCCCGUUUUGCGGCGGAGGGCCUCCGUUCGGGCAGCCGCCCGUUUUGCGGCGGAGGGCCUCCGUUCGGGCAGCCGCCCGUUUUGCGGCGGAGGGCCUCCGUUCGGGCAGCCGCCCGUUUUGCGGCGGAGGGCCUCCGUUCGGGCAGCCGCCCGUUUUGCGGCGGAGGGCCUCCGUUCGGGCAGCCGCCCGUUUUGCGGCGGAGGGCCUCCGUUCGGGCAGCCGCCCGUUUUGCGGCGGAGGGCCUCCGUUCGGGCAGCCGCCCGUUUUGCGGCGGAGGGCCUCCGUUCGGGCAGCCGCCCGUUUUGCGGCGGAGGGCCUCCGUUCGGGCAGCCGCCCGUUUUGCGGCGGAGGGCCUCCGUUCGGGCAGCCGCCCGUUUUGCGGCGGAGGGCCUCCGUUCGGGCAGCCGCCCGUUUUGCGGCGGAGGGCCUCCGUUCGGGCAGCCGCCCGUUUUGCGGCGGAGGGCCUCCGUUCGGGCAGCCGCCCGUUUUGCGGCGGAGGGCCUCCGUUCGGGCAGCCGCCCGUUUUGCGGCGGAGGGCCUCCGUUCGGGCAGCCGCCCGUUUUGCGGCGGAGGGCCUCCGUUCGGGCAGCCGCCCGUUUUGCGGCGGAGGGCCUCCGUUCGGGCAGCCGCCCGUUUUGCGGCGGAGGGCCUCCGUUCGGGCAGCCGCCCGUUUUGCGGCGGAGGGCCUCCGUUCGGGCAGCCGCCCGUUUUGCGGCGGAGGGCCUCCGUUCGGGCAGCCGCCCGUUUUGCGGCGGAGGGCCUCCGUUCGGGCAGCCGCCCGUUUUGCGGCGGAGGGCCUCCGUUCGGGCAGCCGCCCGUUUUGCGGCGGAGGGCCUCCGUUCGGGCAGCCGCCCGUUUUGCGGCGGAGGGCCUCCGUUCGGGCAGCCGCCCGUUUUGCGGCGGAGGGCCUCCGUUCGGGCAGCCGCCCGUUUUGCGGCGGAGGGCCUCCGUUCGGGCAGCCGCCCGUUUUGCGGCGGAGGGCCUCCGUUCGGGCAGCCGCCCGUUUUGCGGCGGAGGGCCUCCGUUCGGGCAGCCGCCCGUUUUGCGGCGGAGGGCCUCCGUUCGGGCAGCCGCCCGUUUUGCGGCGGAGGGCCUCCGUUCGGGCAGCCGCCCGUUUUGCGGCGGAGGGCCUCCGUUCGGGCAGCCGCCCGUUUUGCGGCGGAGGGCCUCCGUUCGGGCAGCCGCCCGUUUUGCGGCGGAGGGCCUCCGUUCGGGCAGCCGCCCGUUUUGCGGCGGAGGGCCUCCGUUCGGGCAGCCGCCCGUUUUGCGGCGGAGGGCCUCCGUUCGGGCAGCCGCCCGUUUUGCGGCGGAGGGCCUCCGUUCGGGCAGCCGCCCGUUUUGCGGCGGAGGGCCUCCGUUCGGGCAGCCGCCCGUUUUGCGGCGGAGGGCCUCCGUUCGGGCAGCCGCCCGUUUUGCGGCGGAGGGCCUCCGUUCGGGCAGCCGCCCGUUUUGCGGCGGAGGGCCUCCGUUCGGGCAGCCGCCCGUUUUGCGGCGGAGGGCCUCCGUUCGGGCAGCCGCCCGUUUUGCGGCGGAGGGCCUCCGUUCGGGCAGCCGCCCGUUUUGCGGCGGAGGGCCUCCGUUCGGGCAGCCGCCCGUUUUGCGGCGGAGGGCCUCCGUUCGGGCAGCCGCCCGUUUUGCGGCGGAGGGCCUCCGUUCGGGCAGCCGCCCGUUUUGCGGCGGAGGGCCUCCGUUCGGGCAGCCGCCCGUUUUGCGGCGGAGGGCCUCCGUUCGGGCAGCCGCCCGUUUUGCGGCGGAGGGCCUCCGUUCGGGCAGCCGCCCGUUUUGCGGCGGAGGGCCUCCGUUCGGGCAGCCGCCCGUUUUGCGGCGGAGGGCCUCCGUUCGGGCAGCCGCCCGUUUUGCGGCGGAGGGCCUCCGUUCGGGCAGCCGCCCGUUUUGCGGCGGAGGGCCUCCGUUCGGGCAGCCGCCCGUUUUGCGGCGGAGGGCCUCCGUUCGGGCAGCCGCCCGUUUUGCGGCGGAGGGCCUCCGUUCGGGCAGCCGCCCGUUUUGCGGAUAUCCGUCGGUUUCCGGAUAUCCGUUCGGAUAUCCGUCGGUUUGCGGAUAUCCGUUCGGAUAUCAGUCUUAUUUAG